AUGAAGACCUCAAGCAUCACUACUACCUUUCUCGCUCUUACUGGCGCCACCAUUGCUGCUCCCUCCAACGUUGGGCGCGACCUGAAGGCCUUCCAGCUCACUAAACUGACUGCAAGCCUUUACGACCAAUCACUACCGGCGUAUCGCAUCGUCAAUUUUGAUUUGAAUGAUCCAAACAACAAUGUGGACACAUCUUGCUCCUCUGCCUGGUCUGGCGGCAUGUCUGGAGCUUAUAAGUUUAACUGCUCGAACCCUAAUUACCAAGUGAACUUCCCAUCUCUUUACGACAUUGAGGAUAUCAAGUUGAAUGUCUCUGUUGUCAACUCUAAGGCAUUCGCCCCCGGCGAGAUCAACGGUGACAAGUGGAAGUGCGAGAAUACCGGAGCCGAGUACCCCUCAAAGGUGUGCAAUUGGGACGGAGUGUAUGAUCUUCCCAUCGUUCUUGCUUAG